AUGAGUUCCAGAAAGCAGGGUUCUCAAACUCGUGGACAACAAUCUGCAGAAGACAACUUCAAAAAACCAACUAGAAGCAACAUGCAAAGAAGUAAGAUGAGAGGGGCUUCUUCAGGAAAGAAAACAGCUGGUCCACAGAAGAAUCUGGAACCAGCCCUCCCGGGCAGAUGUGGAGGUUGCUCAGCACAGGAUCCCCCUUCUGGAUCCAUGAAAAAGACAAGAAAGAACAAGCAGAAGUCUCCUGGAAACUGAGAUGGUAGCAGUACCUGCGAAGUCCCUCAGCCACUUGGGAAGAAAAGGGCCCAGGCUGAUCCCACUGUUGAAAGCAAGGAUACAUUUAAGAAUAGAAUGGAAGUUAAAGUGAAGAUUCCUAAAGAAUUAAAACCAUGGCUUGUUGAGGACUGGGACUUAGUUACCAUGCAGAAGCAGCUGUUUCAAAUGCCUGCUAAGAAAAAUGUAGAUGCCAUUCUAGAAGACUAUGCAAGUUGCAAGAAAUUGCAGGGAAAUGUCAACAAUAAGGAAUAUGCAGUGAAUGAAGUUGUCCCAGGAAUAAAAGAAUACUUCAACGUGAUGUUGGGCACUCAGCUGCUCUACAAAUUUGAGAGGCCCCAGUAUGCUGAAAUCUUCUUGGCUCACCCUGAUGUGCCCAUGUCCCAGGUUUAUGGAGUGCCACACCUACUGAGAUUAUUUGUAAGAAUCGGAGCAAUGCUGGCAUAUACUCUCCUUGAUAAGAAGAGCUCUGCAUUACUGUUGGGCUAUCUGCAUGAUUUUCUAAAAUAUAUGGCAAAGAAUGCUGCAUCUCUGUUUACUUCCAGUGAUUACAAAGUGGCUUUGGCUGAGUGCCACAGCAAAACCCUGUGA